AUGGCUGAAAAAGAAGAAAUCAAAACUACCGAAUCAACAGUAUCACCAGUUAACACAAACAAACCAGAAAACAAAACUUCCAACCAGGAACAGAAACCUAGUGUCACUCCUUCAAAAACAAAAACUACUAAAAACGGUGGUUGGAACUCUUUUUAUAAUUCUAUUAAUAAUUUUAUAACCACCACAACGAGUACUAUCCAAGAAUCACUAGACGAUGAGAUCUUCAACAAUUUGACGGUUAAAAAAAACUUGUUUUUAAUCCAACAAACUCUAAGCUCCGAUCCCAACUUUGAAUUAAGCAAGUUGCCCAAAUCCUAUAAAAUAUUAGAGGCUAAAUGUGAUUGUAUUGAAAAAACUAUUAAAAGAUUCAAGUUAGUUACUUCAACUUAUGCUGUAGAAGGUUAUGACUAUCCACCUAAUUUAACUGAAGGUAUUAGUGGGUUAUGGAACUCUAAUACCAAUACUACUGUUACCCAAUCCACUGAUAAAAAAGAUACAGAAAACAAUGAAAAUGAGGGAAUUUUACCAAGAUCAUUUGCAGCUGCAUUACAUAAGAGCUGUAAGGAAUCUAUUGCUAUAUUAAAACCAAUUUGUGAUGUAAGUGCAAGUGGUAAAUCAAAUGCUGAGGAAAAUGAAGAUUCUGGUUUGAAAGAUUUAAUUACAGUUUUUGAAACUCUUGGAACUUCUCAAUUUCUAAUGGACGAAGAUAAAGCUAUAAUGGAUAAAUUAAUGAUUGAUCAAAUAAAUAAAGGUUUAGAUAUGUUGGUGAAUAAAAAUUUGAAGGAAAUUCAUAAAUUGCGCAAACAAGUUGAGGACUCAAAGUUAACUUUCGAUUCAAUUAGAUAUGAAUUAAAAGACAAAGAUGUUAAAGAAAGUGAUCCUGAGUACGUCAAAAUGGAGAAAUUAGAAGACGAUUUUGUUACACAUACUUCUGAAGCCGUUAACGUGAUGAAUGAUUUUGUUGAUGGCUUUGAUUUGAUAAAAUUAUUGAAAUUAUUUAAUGAAUUUCAACUGGAUUAUCAUAAAAAAUGUGUCAAAGCUUUAGAGGCUUCAGAACAAGUUUUACAAUCUAUAACAACGGAAGAAGAAGAAGAAGAAGAAGAAGAAGAAGAAGAAGAAGAAGAAGAAGAAGAAGAAGAAGAAGAAGAAGAGCACUAA